UUAUUUCAGUGUGUUCCCAAAAAAAAAAAACGCUUUAAUGAUGAUCGUGUUGAAAAGCGAAUGAGCAGUGACUUGGCAUAAUCAGUUAUAGUGUCUACGUCGUCAUUAACAUAUUCAUAACAGAUUUUCCCGUUCAUUAUAAGUCAUGAACGUAAUGUGCUUAAACAGUAAAAGUUGUCGAAUUUUCAAGAGUAUAAGUCACUGUAGGCAACAAUUUCGAAGAAUUAUUAGUAGAAAUAUAAGUGAAAAUAAUUUUAUCUAUGGAUCGCAUGUUUUGGAAGCGAAAAACAAUGGAAUGCCUAUUGUUGCAUUGGAAUCGACGAUUAUUACGCAUGGCAUGCCCUAUCCUCAGAAUUUGGAAACCGCAUUGCAAGUUGAAUCCGCCGUGAGAGAAAAUGGCGCGAUUCCAGCAACGAUAGCAAUUUUAGAUGGUAAAGUGCACAUUGGAGUUAAUAAAAAAGAAAUAGAGCAAUUAUCAAAGACACAACGUGAAAAAGUAAUAAAGUGCUCACGACGAGAUUUAUCGUAUGUAAUUUCUCAAAAAUUGAAUGGCAGCACCACAGUAUGCGGUACAAUGUUAUUAGCAAAUUUGGCUGGAAUAGAAAUUAUGGCCACUGGAGGAAUUGGUGGUGUUCAUCGUGGCGCUGAAUUAAAUUUCGAUGUCAGUGCUGAUUUAACAGAACUUGGCCGUACUCCUGUUACCGUUGUUUGUGCAGGAGUCAAAGCUAUUCUCGAUAUACCGAAAACAUUAGAAUAUUUGGAAACAAAAGGCGUGCCUGUCAUAACAAUUGGCGAAAGUAAUAAUUUCCCGGCAUUUUACAGUCGUGAGACUUUUGAUAAAAUAAAAGCGCCUAUGAAAUUAUCAAAUGCAAUGGAAGCUGCAUCUUUAAUUAGAACUCAAAGAGCAUUAAAUAUUAAUUCUGGGUUGUUGUUCGCUGUUCCUAUUCCAGAAAGUCAUGCACUCGAUCCUAAUGAGAUUGAAAUUAAUAUACAAAAAGCUCUAUUAAAAGCAAAUGAAAAUAAUAUUACUGGAAAAGAAAUUACUCCAUUUCUUUUGCAAGAACUUGCUGAACUCACAGUUGGACAAUCAGUGCAAUCUAAUAUCGCUUUAAUUACAAACAAUGCAAAAGUUGCUGCGGAAAUAGCAAGAAAUCUUAAUUCUAAAACUGAAAAUGAUGUUGAAGAAACUUCUGGUUCGAAAGGAAGACCUGUGGUUAUUGGUGGAGCUGUUUUCGACACGAUUUUGCAGGUGAAGGAACUUCAGAUAACGUUUAAUGGAAGUACCCACAAAGGUAAAAGCCGAGAAGCUUGCGGUGGGGUUGGUCGAAAUGUGGCUUCUGCCUUGGUGCAUCUUGGUUUAUUUAACACUAAACUUAUAUCAGUCAUUGGAAAUGAUGAGGCUGGCAAGGCAAUUAUUAAAAGUCUCAAAGAAGCUGGUGAUUCUUUGCAAAUUUUAUCUAAUAAAUCUACUGCGAGGUACAGUGCCAUUCUGGAUAAUAAGGGCGAGUGCUGCUUUGGAAUCGGCGAAAUGGAUGCUUUUUCGGAAAUUAAUGUUCCUUUGGUGAAAAAGAAUUAUUCUGUGCUUGAGAAAGCGGAUCUUAUCGUUCUUGAUGGAAAUCCUCCUAUUGAAACUAUGAGCGCUAUUUUGGAUAUCGCCAAAACUCUGAGGAAACCAGUCUGGUACGAACCCACAGACUUUCAAAAAGCGAUAAAAAUAUUUCAAGCCGGAUCUCAAUGGGAAAAAACUUUACAUUUUAUUUCUCCAAAUAGAAAUGAACUUUUAGCGAUAGCGAAAUAUUUUGGAAUUCCAAUUCCAAACGAUGAAUUUAAGACAUAUGAGGCAGUAAAACAUGUGGCAGAAAAUUUAGCGAAAAUUGUUCCAGUUGUAAUCACUACUUUAGGAUCACUUGGAGUUAUGGUCAGUCGAAAAGCUGCAGGAAAUCGUGCAUUUUAUGAUGAAAGGGGCGAAUUAAUUUAUGAUGAGGAUAUUCAGUCUCGUUUAUAUAAACCUCAUUUACAAUUGGAUAAUAUUCCCGAAGUUCAUCAAAGUAGUGUCAGUGGUUGUGGAGAUUGUCUCGCCGCUGGAAUAAUUGUGGGAAUUUUGAAUAAAUUCAGUGAAGCCGAGUGUAUUUCACUGGGGCUUAAAGCGGCAGCAAUUUCGCUCAGAUCUUUUGAAGCAGUUCCGCAACAACUUUCGACAUUGCAGAUCGAAGAGAAAUGAUUAUAAUCUUAAUCUGGCGCAUAAUUUUAGUUUGCGACUUUUUAAUCUACACUGUGUAAAAUUGCAGUGAUUCUUUGAAUCUAUUUUUUAUAUUUUUUAAUUUUUCUCUAUUUUUUAUCUAUUUUUUUUAAUUUUUCAUCAAUUUUUUAAUUUUUUAUCAAUUUUUUUAUUUUGAUCUAUUUUUUAAUUUUGUUGUUUUUUA